CAUCAACAUCAUGAGGAGCAUCAUCAUCGUCAACAUCAACAUCAGGAGCAUCAUCAUCAUCAGCAUCAGGAGCAUCAUCUGAAGCAGCACCAUGAGAGCAGCCAUCACCUGAGCGCCAAGUCGUCUGUUAGCCAGCAGUCGUUCUCGACUUUUAAGACUACCAGCCAUCGCGUGAAGACCUCUGUGAAGACAGAGAAGGGGCAGGAGGUGGUUAAGCUGAGCCCGCUACCCAAGAGAGCCAAACGCACCUACCUGGCGAUGGACACGGACAAAGAAGUUAUCGGCUAUGUUGUUCCCGUAUUUAGAGCCAAUCAUGAUGUGGUUCGGGGCCUGAUGGAGGCCCAGGAGGAGGAGAGGACAGAGGAGGGUAUUCAGUAUGUGGCCAUGAGGAACCUGUUUGUCAGGGAGGCCAAGGAGUCCCUUGAUGUUAAAGUGGAGAAGAAAACCAGGACGAUGCAUGUCCGGGAAUCUGCCGAACGUUUGGAACUGGGCAAGACGAUGGGUGAGUGGGUAGAGUUCCGUAGGAAAAUGAACCCAGACAGCCUGACACACCCUCCAGAGUUUGUCGUCAAGCCCCGUGGACAGACUGUCUGGGAAGGCAAGACUGUCAAACUGCACUGCACCGUGGCCGGGUGGCCCAAACCCAGGAUUGCCUGGUAUAAAAACAACGUGCUGAUUGAUGCCAAGGCCCACUCUGAGAAGUACCAUGUCGAGAGCAAUUACAACAUGCACUCCUUGGAGAUCAAGAACUGUGAUUUCUUGGACACUGCUCAGUAUCACGUCUCUGCCCUCAAUGUGAAAGGAGAAAUGUCCUCUGUGGCUACUAUUGUUGUGAAAAGGUUCGGGGAGGGUGAGGAAGCAGGCCCACUUGAUGUUAAACCACAUGGUUUCUGCGCUGAGCAUGGUGUUACCUUCAAGACCACCAUCAUUGACAAAUUUGAAGUGGCCUUUGGUCAUGAGGGCGAGACAUUGAGUCUGGGCUGCACAGUCAUUGUUUAUCCCACUGUGAAAAAGUACCAGCCUGAAGUCGUGUGGUACAGAGACUCUGUACCCUUGAAGGACUCUAAAUGGGUACACACCCACUGGUCUGGGGAACGUGCCACACUCACCCUCGUCCACCUCAACAAGGAAGAUGAGGGCAGGUACACUCUACGUGUCAACACGAAGUCUGGCUUUGACACCUACUCUGCCUAUGUGUUUGUCAAAGAUGCUGAUGUGGAGGUGGAGGGGGUUCCCGUGGCCCCCCUUGAUGUGCGCUGUCAUGAUGCCAACAAGGACUAUGUGGUGGUUACCUGGAAGCAGCCAGCGGUGGAGGGCAGCAGCUCCAUCCUGGGAUACUAUAUUGAUAGGUGUGAGGUGGGCACCCACCACUGGGCCCAGUGCAAUGACACCCCAGUCAAGUACACCCGCUUCCCCGUCACAGGGCUGGUGGAGGGCCGUUCUUACAUCUUCAGGGUGACGGCCUUGAACAAGUCAGGAGUCAGCCGUCCAUCUCGUGUCUCUGACCCAGUGAUGGCCAUGGAUCCUUCCGACAGAGCCCGCCUCCAUGCUGGCCCCUCAGCCCCUUGGACUGGGAUGAUCAAGUUCACAGAGGAGGAACCCACUGUGGGCGUGGUCCCUGGAGAACCCAGUGAUGUUGUGGUUACCGAGGCAACUAAGAGCUAUGUGGUGCUAGCCUGGAAGCCUCCAAUCCAGAGGGGUCAUGAGGGAGUCAUGUAUUACAUUGAAAAGUGUAUUUCAGGGACAGAUAGCUGGCAGAGGGUGAACACCAGUAUGCCGGUCAAGUCUCCUCGCUUUGCCCUGUUUGAUCUGGCAGAGGGUAAAUCCUACAGCUUCCGCGUGCGCUGCUGCAACUCCGCAGGUGUGGGUGAUCCCUCUAUAUCCACAGGAGAGAUCACUGUUGGAGAUAAAGUCGACCUGCCCUCAGUUCCGGGCGAUGCAGUUGCCAUCAGGAACACUGACACCUCUGUGGUGGUCACCUGGGGGGCAUCUAAGGAUGUGAAACACCUGGUGGGCUACUAUGUUGAAUGUAGUGUGGUGGGCACGGAGGUCUGGAUGCCUUGCAACAACAAACCUGUCAAGCAGACCAGGUUUGUGUGUCAUGGCCUGACCACUGGGGCAAACUACGUGUUUAGGGUGAAGGCGGUCAACGCCGCUGGAUACAGCCAUACCUCCGUCGAAUCUGAUGCGGUGAUUGUACAGGCUGCCAUCUCCGUCCCUGGGAAGCCCACUAAUGUGACCCUGCUGGAAGCUGUCAAGGACCACAUGGUGCUGGGCUGGUCUGCGCCUGCCAACGAUGGAGGAGCUGAUAUCAGGGGAUACUUUGUGGACUAUAGGACCGUGAAGGGAGGUGUUCAUGGGAAAUGGCACGAAAUGAACCACGAGGCAGUGACUACAACCUCCUAUAAAGCUGAGAACCUGAAGGAGAACGUGUUCUACCAGUUCCAGGUGCGUGCUAUGAACAUGGCAGGUGUGAGCAAAGCCUCUCUGCACAGUGCAAACCUGGAGUGCAAAGAAUGGACCAUUACUGUGCCAGGUGUUCCUGUUGGUCUUCAUGUGCUGGAGGUUCGUGACUCCUCUGUUGUGGUUCUGUGGGAGCCACCUGCAUUUGAGGGCCGCACUCCUGUCAACGGCUACUACGUGGACAUCAAGGAGGCAUCUGCUGGACAUAAGGGCUGGAAGGCAGUCCAUGAGAAGGCCACCAAGACGAAAUACCUGAAAGUGACUGGGCUGAAGGCUGGUACAUCCUACGUCUUCCGUGUGCGUGCUCAAAAUCUUGCUGGAGUUGGAAAGCCCUCAGCAACCUUAGGCCCAGUUGUGGCACAUACUCGCUCUGGCAACAAGGAGAUUUAUGUGGAUGUCGAUGAUGAUGGUGUGAUCUCUAUGAUAUUUGAGUGCUCUGAGAUGAGUGAGGGCUCUGAGUUUGUUUGGUCCAAGAAUUAUAAGACUAUCACAGACAGUUCUCGCCUGACUAUUGUCACCGAACAUGGCAGGUCCAGAGCUAUCUUUAACAGUCCCUCCCUCGAGGAUCUGGGCAUCUUCUCCUGUGUGGUCACCAACACUGAUGGCAUCUCCUCCAGCUACACACUCACUGAGGAGGGUCUCAUGCGUCUUCUGGACAUCAGCCAUGAGCACAAGUUCCCUGUUAUUCCCUUUAAGCAGGAAAUGUCCAUGGAGUUGCUUGAGAAGGGUCGUGUGCGAUUCUGGACUCAGCUGGAGAAAUUCACUGCGGACUGCCAAGUGGAGUAUGUCUUUAAUGACGUCAUUGUUAGUGAGGGAAAGAAAUACCAAAUGCACUUUGACAAGUCCACUGGCAUUAUUGAAAUGUACUUGGAGUCUCUGGAGGUCACCGAUGAGGGAACUUUCACCUUUAACCUGGUGGAUGGCAAGGCCAAGGGCACAACCAGCUUGGUGCUCAUUGGAGAAGAAUUCAGGGAGCUUCAAAAGAAAUCUGAAUUUGAGAGAGCAGAAUGGAUCAGGAAACAAGGUCCUCACUUUGUUGAGUACCUCAACUUCACCGUUACUCCAGAAUGUGAUGUGCUGUUGAAAUGCAAGAUAGGAAAUAUCAAACCAGAGACUGAGAUCUUCUGGUCCAAGGACAACAUUGAGAUUAAAGAGGAUGAUGAGGAAGCUCAGAAAAUUGAGCAAAAAGACGGCGUGCUGACCUUUAAUAUCGGAAAGAUCUGCAAGAAGGAUGCUGGUAUUUACCAGGUAACCCUGAAGGACGAGAGAGGCAAAGAUAAGAGCACCUUCAAUCUGACUGAUGAGGGCUACCAAGCUGUAAUGAAUGAGCUGUUCAGGGUUAUUGCCAACUCCUCCACUGAUGUUAAAGUCAUCAGCACUGAACACGGCAUCAUCCUCUACUCCAUGGUCACAUAUUACACCGAGGAACAGCAUGUUGGAUGGCUUCAUAAAGAUGCUAAGAUUUCUGCCUCAGAGAGAGUUAAGUCUGGAGUCACAGGAGAGCAGCUUUGGCUUAAGAUCAAUGAGCCCACUGAGAAGGACAAGGGCAAAUACACCAUGGACAUCUUUGAUGGCAAGGACGGUGUAAAGAGGGUCUUUGAUCUGUCUGGCCAGGUAUGGGAAGAGGCAUUUGAAGAGUUCCAAAGGCUCAAGGCGGCAGCAAUCGCAGAGAGAAACCGCGCUCGUGUUGUUGGAGGCUUGCCAGAUGUGGUUGCAAUCCAAGAGGGCAAGUCCCUGAACCUGACUGGCAACGUUUGGGGCGAGCCCGUACCUGAGGUAUCUUGGAUGAAGAAUGAGAGGGAGCUGGUAUCUGAUGACCACUACAAACUCAAGUUCGAGCACGGAAAGUUUGCCAGCAUCACAAUCGCCGCCGUCACCACAGCUGACUCCGGCAAAUACGCUCUCCUGGUCAAGAACAAGUACGGCACAGAGGCUGGUGAGUUCACCGUCAGCGUUUACAACCCAGAUGAAGAGGAGAAGGAAGAGAAGAAAGACUAAAGGAUGAUGCAGUGCAAUGAAAUAAAGCAGAAAAGAUGAACGACUGGGCUAUCUCCAAAGCGUUUUACCCCGGCACAUGCCGGUGCACCACAGCAGUCUAAAUAAAUGAUGAAUACAGAUGCUUCCUCCUGCGUCUUUCAUGUGCUGGGUUAAAGAGCUUUGGGCGUUGCUUGUCAAAGGUGGUACAGAGAGGAUAAUUGUGUGCUUGUAGUUGCUCAACAUGUCUUCUGUCAUUUCUUCCCACUAUCAACAGUUAAUGUAUAAUCAUGGGAGAUGGUUAACCUGUCUUAAUCUUUGUUAUAAAAACAGGAAUUAAAUUAUGCAGAACACCACACUGUUUUCUUAUAAUAUUACAGUAUUACAUUUGGGUAAAAUUUGACCUCUUGAACCAAGUCAUGCCUGAGGUUUAUGUACUGUAAAGAAAUAAAGGAAAAACUGGUGUCAUGAA